CCUUGGCACUGUUUGCACUUUGCUGUAUACUCGUAGGAGGGAGACCACAACUGAUUUUCAGAGAGAGGUGAGCUCAUCUACCUGCACAAUGCCGUGUGAAGUUUUCUCACCACUGCUGCUCCUGCUGCUGUUCGUCUCAGUGUUUGGAGCAUCUCGAGCCUGCCUGCAGGACGCUGCUUCAGCCUACAGAUUCACCGGUGCAGUAUGUCGGCUCACCCAUCCUGCAGCUGUUGUGUUGAAUGACAAAACCACUAAAGUGAUCGAGGCAGCGUUUCAGAAUGCAAGAUACCCAAGUUUGAAGAGAGAGAAAUCCCUGCUGUUUAUAGGAACGGUCAAAUAUGGCCUUGAAAAGUAAGUAACCAUCGACACAUCAGACUGUUAUUUGAACUUUCACAAGCUCCUGCUGCACCUGCAGGGGGACAAAGAACCGAACUGGCUGAAGAAGCUCUUCACUGACUUCAUCACCUUUACUGUCAAGAUGGUCAUCAAAGGACAGAUCUGUAUCGAGAUCAACAAGGUGGCAAAUAUACUGGCUGACUUCAUUCAAGACACAGCAGGUGUGUGUGUAUAUGUGUGUGUGUGUGUCCGUGACAAAGAAAACAAAAACAUGUGUUUUCUGGUCUUUAUAACUUUUGAAAACACAUUUCAAUCAAUCUUUAUUUGUUUAACUCCAAUUCAUAAGAAGUGUUAUCUCCAGAUGCUUUACAAAAGAGCAGGUAAAAGUCCUGAGCAUUUGAAGCAAGCCGAACCGAGGAAUGAAAUCGUCAAAGAGCUUCUCUGCCGCGGUCUUCCCGGACUUGUUUCUGGUGGCAUAAGCUUGUGCAAACCUGGUAAAGUGGUCUACAACAACCAGUAUGUACUCAAAGCCACCUUUGCUGGGUUCCAAGUGGAGCAUUUUUUUCAAUACCAACUGUUGUUCAUCACUCAAAUGGCUUACGUCGACUGGGGGAUGCCACAGCUGAGGAAGUUCCUCUCUUUGACCUCUGUCACCCUGCUGUACAAGAAGAGGGAUCUCAACAUAAGGCCGUGUGGUAUGGUGUACUUCAACCAGGCCAUCACCAACGUCAAGUUGCUCAAUGUUCACCCCUUCACAUUUUGUUUUGUUGUUUUACAAUUUCAUCAGGCACUAUCCAACUACAACAACAUCUCAGCUGUCAUCAACGACUCACAUUUCCACCCCAAUCAGCUGACUGAAAACAGGAUGCUCUACUUUUGGCUGUCAGACCAGGUCUUUAACCCACUGCUUAGUGCUGCCCACCAAGAUGGUCAUUUCACACUCAACAUCUCUGGAGCAGAGCUCACUGAACUUUUCAAGACAAACCUCUCCAGUGCUGUUCCUGAAUUUAUCAGAACGUGUCUGUUGGAGUCAGGUUCUCCUGAGCUACGAGUCUGGAGUUCAUCUGUUCCCUUUCUAAAUACCUCCACCUCGGGGACGACUAUCUGGGCAGAGGCCUCUGGGCAGCUCAGCUGUGGGAUGCAAGGCACACCAACACUCUUCUUUCAAACGAAUGUGGUCAUGGAUGUCACCGCUUCCUAUGCUGACAAGAGACUCUUCCUGAAGGGAAAUGUGUCAGAGGUCGUUAUAGUCCGCGCUGAGCUUCUGUUACAAAAUGAGCAGCUGCUGACUGAGGCACAUCUGGAAUUUGUAAGAGAAGCAGUGGAGAAGAUAGGAAUUCCCAAGGUUCUAUCAGUUCUUGAGGUUGAACUUACCAGGCUGUUGGACAAACAGGGAACUAACCAAUUUGACAUCUUUAACCCAGAGGUGCUUCCUCGGGAUGGCUUUGUGGUGAUUCAGACAGAUUUUGGUUUCCCUCAUCACCUCCUGGUCGAGUUUCUAAGGAAGACUCUGCAGUAAUGAGAAAACUCUGAAGCUUUUUAGCCACAUAUACAUAUAGUUA